UCAGUCAGUCAGCCGGUGCGUUCCGUGACGGCAAGUGUGGCACGUGAUAUUCGAUUGUGCCUCUCUUUUAAAUUAUAAAACCUAAUAUAAAAUUUAUUUAUUUUCUCUUCUUUUUUUUUUAAAUUUCAUUGAAAUUUAAUUUCGAAAAUUUUUUUUCAAACAAAUAAAGUGUAAUAUUUAUUAAGUGCCAUUGUGAAUGAUAAAUUGAAAGAAGAGAAAGGAUUUGAAUAUUUUGGAUUUAUUGAAGAAAAUUGUCACAUCUGCUCUCACUCGCACCUUCUUUUAGAUAAGAGGUCUUUUAAAAAUGAGGAGAUUAAAGUACUGACGAUAACAGACUGUCUGCUUGUUUCUUCAAUAAAUUUUUUUUUUUUGGGGGAAAAAUUAUCAUCUAUCGAUUGAAGGAAAAAGAAGAAUAAGAAGAAAAAGGCGAAAAAAAAAUGUCGAGACCAAGUCGACGUCCCAGUAUUUCAAUUCACGAUUAUCCGGAGCAUUUAAAUCCCUUUAAUGAUAACAAUCCCAGUGCUAAUAUGCAAAUGCGCAAAGAUAACAAUAAAUCAACGGAGAAGGAGACAAAACACAAAUUUUGGAGUUUCGGGAAAGGCAGAAAAAAGAGGUCUCACAGUUUUUCUAUAAAAUCAACGUGGAAUGGUUUGUUCGGAAAGUGUAAAGAGGCUCCGGAAGCGCCCGAGCGUCACUCGAUGAUUACAACAGUUUCCACGACGUAUAAACGAGGAGAGACGAUAAAUUCUAGCCAAAAUGGUAUUAGACAAUCGCAGACAUUAAGGGAUCAACAGGAAUUCGAUGAAGCCUUGGGAACAUUGACAAGAAGAAGGAAAUACACUUGGGAUGAUGGUUCAAGAUACAAUUCUAGUCUUACUGUGAAUGGCGAUCCUGCCAGAAUAUACGAUGGAAGUCCUCAAGAAACAACUAAUUCAAUUAUGGGCGAUCUUACUCCAAAACCUCCAGCACGAAAAUUUGGACAAGUGAGUCCAAAGCCAAAGGACAAAAUUCCUCCGCUUGAUUUUGAAGGAAAGGAACAUUUGUCCAAUGGAUAUGGAGAUGAUAGAGAAAUGGAUCGUGCACCAAUUCCACCCAGACGAAGCGGUUUAAGAGCGUCGCAGAGAUUUUCGCCAUCGUCUGAUAUUGAAGAGGAAGGCUUAAAAUCGGACGAUGUCAGGAUUCGUGAUGAAAAUGAAAAUGUUCCCGAUGAUUAUGUAUUUAAGAGAUUCAGUCAAGAUGCUGUGAGAAAAUCGAAUUUGUCAAUUAACAGUUGCAUGUCGAUUUCAAGUACCGCGAGCGGUUACACGAGGAAAAAACGAAGAGCACCUCAACCACCAAAACCAAAAAGUCCCGUCGAAAACAAGGAGGAAUUUCUUCCUCUGACGGAAUCAAAAAUAUCUCCAAUUCCAGAUCCACUAGAAAUAUCGCGAGUCGCCGAAGACAUUGAGGAGCUCACAAAGAAAACUCAAACCGAUGAAGACGUUAAUCAACCAAAGGAAUCUAGUCCAAUCGAAAAGAACGUCGAUAUUUCCCCUAAACUCGAAAUCACCAUCGAGAAUAUCAAGAAUUCCAAAGAAUCAUCAAAAUCCCCCACUGAAUUAUCGUCAAUCGAAAUAAAAGACGAAAACACGUCUAAUAAUUCACAAGAAGAAUCAAAUUCCAAAAAAGACGAAAUAAUCGAAGUGGAACUACGAAAGAAAUCCGAAGAAACUUUGGAAAUAAUAAAAGAAAUAACACCGUCUGAAAAUGAUGAUGCCGAUGAUCUCAAGAAGAAAAACAAAUCCACACUCUCGAGAAGUAAUAGUUUUUGUGUCAAGGAUGAAAUUGAAAAAAUAGAAAAAAAAUUAAACAAACUCGAAACUCGUCGUAAGUCAGAGGAUUCGAUAAAUCAUAAUUCGCCCAGUGGACGUUUUGCAAUUGAGGAGAAUCGUCGUCACUUUUUCCAGGAUCUCGUCAACGAUCCAACGGGAGUUAAAGUCGAAAUAAAAGAACUUCCCCGCGAGCAAAACAAUUGUCACGUCAUUCGUUUAACCGAUCCUCCAAUUCCAAUCGAGGCCCCACAGGAGCCGGUGAAAAUCAUUGAAUUACACAUUGAGGAGCCAAUUCGUAAAAAACCGGAGAUUUUAGCCGAUAAUCCAAUACCAAAACCAAGACGAAGUAGUGCCUUAAGUUUGGAGAGACAGCCUUCCAUUCAUGGCGAUAUUAAACACGAAGAUUCACAACCAAAGGGAAGUUCACUGUAAAAAUCGCAUUUUUUUCUUAAUAAUAAUCGAAUUUGUUUGUUUUUUCAAGAAAUGAAAGUAACGCGAAAAAAAAUUAAUAGACUGCAGUUUUUAAUAAUUUACGAAUAUAGAAUUUAUAAUUUACGAUUCCAUUUCUGUGUGACAGAAGAAUAAUCAUUUUUUUUUGUUAGUUUAGAGAAAAUUAUAUUUU